GUCGGAAAGCUCCCGUGGACAUUUACCACCUUCUCCUUCGCUCGUAGCCGCGAGCUAUCAAUCGCCGUCGUCGCUCUGGACAGUGGGUGUGGAGAGGGAGAAGGAAUGCCCAUAUCAAUUUCUCGGCUAGGCAGUGCCUUACCCUUUCCAAGAAUCUUCAGGCAGCUGGAGCAAGAGAUGGAAACUGUAGUGAGGGUUUUGCAACCUGGACCCUUAGGAAUCAUAGAACACAAGUUUUCUGCAGAGGAAAUUCGUGAAGCAAAUGCUACUGUGCGUAGAGCAGUAGAGAACUGGAAAAGGACUGCGGAUCUGCAUAAAGGUGACAUUUUGAAAGAUUAUAUUCACAAGUGAAAGAAUGGGUGUUCAAAUAAGGUUUUCUUUGCACUUGAUCAUAGACGUACAGCAUUUUUUUUUUCAAUCUAGUUUAAUAUUGGCAAUGUAUGUUUAUCAAAAUCUUGUAUCUAUGAAUACUGAACUUGUUAUUGUUGAUUACAAUAAAUGAUAAUGACAGUGGCUUAAGAAUUCCUCUGU